AGGAAAGCCUUUCCACAAAGCUUUCCUGUAACUCUGGGGAAAGGAGGAGCCUGCUGGGUAGGAGGAGCCAGCAGGAAGGGAGGAACCUGUCUCCACAGUCCUCUGCUUUACAGAGCUUCUCCUUAUUUACACACACUAGCUAAGGAACUCACUAGAUUCCCUCCUCCUCUGCCUCCUACGAUCUACAAACUCAAGAAAUAGCUCCUAGGCCAGGUUCAGCAUGUCCACCGUCAAGGAGCAGCUAAUUCAGAACCUAACUCAAGAAGAUAAAACCUCCCGGUGUAAGAUCACUGUGGUGGGAGUUGGGAAUGUCGGCAUGGCGUGUGCUAUUAGUAUCUUACUGAAGGAUUUGGCCGAUGAACUGGCCCUUGUUGACACUGAUACCGACAAACUGAAGGGAGAGACGCUGGAUCUUCUGCAUGGCAGUCUUUUCUUCAACACUUCAAAGAUUGUCUCUGGAAAAGAUUACAGUGUGUCUGCCAACUCCAAAUUAGUUAUCAUCACAGCCGGUGCUAGGCAGAAGGUGGGGGAAACACGCCUUGACCUGGUCCAGCGUAACGUUGCUAUCAUGAAAUCCAUCGUUCCUGGCUUAGUGCAACAUAGUCCUGACUGUAAAAUGCUGAUCGUCUCAAACCCAGUGGAUAUUUUGACUUAUGUGGUCUGGAAGAUAAGUGGCCUGCCUGCAACUCGUGUAAUUGGAAGUGGCUGUAACCUAGAUUCUGCCCGUUUCCGUUACUUGAUUGGAGAGAAGUUGGGUGUCCACCCUACAAGUUGCCACGGCUGGGUUCUUGGAGAACACGGUGACUCUAGUGUGCCCUUAUGGAGUGGUGUGAACGUUGCUGGCGUACUUCUGAAGUCACUGAACCCAGCGUUAGGAAGCGACUCAGACCAAGAGCACUGGAAAAAGAUCCACAACCAAGUGGUGGAGAGUGGCUAUGAGGUCCUCCGGCUGAAGGGCUAUACAUCUUGGGCUAUUGGGCUGUCCGUGACAGAUCUGGCAAGAUCAAUCCUGAAGAAUCUUAGGAGGGUGCAUCCCGUUUCCACACUGGUUAAGGGCUUAUAUGAGAUAAAGGAAGAAAUCUUUCUCAGCAUUCCUUGUAUCUUGGGACAAAACGGCAUCACAGACAUUGUGAAAGUGAACCUGAAUCCCGAGGAGGAGGCCCUUCUCAGGAAGAGUGCGGAAACACUCUGGAACGUCCAAAAGGACCUCAAAUUGUAAAGUUUCAGAAUUCGACUGCUGAGCAGAUAUGUGAUUGCGUAUUGCACAUCUCAAACCUUUCCAAAUAAUAAAUAGUUGAACAAACUAUCAGAGACCUAUGACAUAACAGCAUCCUGUUGAGAUGAGACAGACACAGACGUUUCCUCCUUCCCCUCUCUUCGCUACAGAGCCCUGGCUGCCUGGAGCUGCAGACUCAGCUCGCCUCAGAGAUCUGCUAACCUCGAAGUUAAGGGCGUGCACCACCAUGACCAGCUGAAGUCUCUGCCUUUUUCUAAGUCCCUUGUAAGUUUAGCAAUGAAGUCUGUACAGGGUGACAUCAUGUUUCUAAGGAACCAGUGAGUGAGUAGCUCCCAACUUCACCAGAGCACGUAUUGACAACUCAUUGCAACAUGGAACCGUGUUCUCCCAACUUCACCAGAGCACGUAUUGACAACUCAUUGCCACAUGGAACCGUGUUCUCCCAACCCAGGGAACCCUCCUCCUGUCUCUGAAGUGUGGUUUCUUCUGUUGCCUGUUCACAUUGCUUCACUAGCUCCCAUGGCUAUGUAGAAAUAUUUAAUAAAAAGUAAUGCUUUUUAACUGAA